GAAUUCACCCCUCCCUUCAGUCUUACAAAACUCAAGUGUUGCGUCCUCGUGUCCUCCUGCCCGCAGCCUUUUCGCGCCAAAAACUUUCCGACGCCGACACCAACCAAAAAAGCGUAGCUAACAGUCGGCAAUUUGCAUCGUCAGGUUCAGACACAGGUUUUCUCCCAGCCCCCUUCACUUUAGACACAUUAUUACGCAAUCAUGUUCGAGGCACGACUCCCCCAGGGCCGCAUCGUCAAGCUUAUCGUGGAGGCCAUGAAGGACCUCAUCUCCGAGGGCAACAUCGACUGCACCAAGUCUGGGCUGGCGCUGCAGUCCAUGGAUGGCUCGCAUGUGUCGCUGGUGUCGCUUCUGCUGCGCGCCGAGGGCUUUGAGCACUACCGUUGCGACCGCAACAUCUCGCUGGGUGUGCAGACGGCGUCGCUGUCCAAAAUCCUCAAGUGCUCCGGCAACGACGAAGCGCUGUCGCUUUCUGCCGAGGACAACGGCGAUGCGCUUAACAUUAUGUUCGAGGCCACUUCCGGCGAUCGUGUGUCGGACUUUUCGCUCAAGUUGAUGGACAUUGACAGUGAACACUUGGGUAUCCCUGGCACGGAGUAUGUGGCAACUGUGCGUAUGCCCUCUGGCGAGUUCCAGCGUAUCUGCCGCGACCUGCAGACCAUGGGCGACACGUGCACUAUUGCCGUUGGCAAGGAGGGCGUCAAGUUCUCCGUCUCGGGCGACCUCGGUGCCGGCAACAUUACGCUCAAGAACAACACGGCCGCCGAGAAGGAGAGCGACCGUGUCAUCAUCACCAUGGAGGAGCCCGUGGAGCUCACGUUUGCGCUCCGGUAUUUAAAUAUGUUCGCCAAGGCCACGCCGCUGUCCGAGACCGUAACGCUCAGCAUGUCGCCGGGCAUCCCCGUCGUCGUCGAGUACGCCAUCGGCGACAUGGGCUACAUGCGCUUCUACCUCGCCCCGAAGGUCGAGGAGGACGACUAAGCAAAAGGUUGGAAGAAGAGCUUUUAGAACCUCGCCACAUUUGCUUUUUUUUUUGUUUUAGUGCAUAGAAGUCUGCCAAGUCUGGCAGCAAAAGGCGGACGAAAGAAAUUUGCAUCGAGAUUAUUUCCUGAAGUUGCAAGUGCAAGUUGGCGUUGGCUUUUGAUUUGCUUUUGAUGUGGUUUUGUUGCAAUUUGUUGCUGUUGCAGUUGCAACUUGCCAUGUCAAAAAUGUUGGAAGACAACUUGAUGUUGAUUUGGUUCCGUGUCAAUUUUUUUUUUUAAUUUGCGAGCUGGAUUUUUGAAGGUAAAGCAAUUUGUGUAGUAAAAUCUAAUGUUGAAUGGCAACCCGGACUGCCAGACUCUGAGCAGUGCGAGUUACUGGCUCCACGACUGGAGGUUUGAGUACGUGACGUAGAAGAACGUGAGCAAGCCCACGAAGAUCACGAACGAGUCGACAAUCUUGUCCAGCCACGACGCCUUUGGGUUCAGCUUCAAGUAGAACAGCGGAGGAUACACCAAACUUAAAGGAACUUCAAAAAACAAAAACAAAAAUAAGACAACAGCCAAAUAUCAGCAAAAAAAAUAAUCGCAACACUUACCACAGCAGAAAGCGCCAACGAUUGACACGAAGAGAUCGAGACGGCCCUGACCGAAGUACGCGAUGCAG